AUGAUUUUCAUUCAAGAACUUCUGUCAGUAACGUCGAGGCGCGUUAACAAGGCGAUCUCGCUUGUUUUGAUAUCGCGGCGAUAAAGUGAAUUUUCAUACGUACGUUGAACCGAGCUCUCAUUCUUAAGUACCGAGAGAUAGCGAGCGACAAGAAAUGCGAGGAAUUUUGUUGAUCCCGUGAUGAAUUGCCAAAGUGGUUGUGAUCUCGUUUCUUCGGUGACACCCUCGUUUCUCGCGUAGCGCUUGUCGUGAAAAAUAUUCAAUAACAUGGAAGAGAAUAUCAUCUGCAUGGAGGAGGAAUGUCUGAUCGAAAAGAGGAGGACGACCAUUCUGAAGGAGUGCAAGGAGAUAGUGCAGGAAGAAAGAUCCGGGCGCUACAGCAAAGAGGCCUUUAGAAAACUCUUUCGUGAUCAGGUGCUUCUUGGGAAAUUAUUUAUACUGUUCGAUCAAGAUUGCGAUGGGUUGCUGAAACAGGAUGAAUGGCUCGAAUUCCUCAAGGGAAGGCUGACGAACGAGAAGCAAAAUGAUUUUAUCGAUCAGAUCGAAAGCGUCGCAUACGUGCUGUGUGGAGAGAAUCCAGUAAAUCUCGCCAAUUUUCAACAGAUCUUUUAUACCAAAGGAAUAGUUGAGAAAUUGUUCCGGUUAAUUGAUCAGGAGAAUUCGGGAUAUGUAACGUCCACCCAAAUCAUGGAGAUGAUAUUUGGCGUGACCAAUAGCAGACCACGCGCUGGCUUCGAUAAAGGAAAUCUCGAGUGGCUGGAAAAGAUAUUUAAGCAAACUGUCGGAAACGAGGGAGAGAUACGCCGUGAGGAAUUCAAAACGAUCGUUACUUCGAAGAACCCGUUCUUUACCGAGAGAGUCUUUCAAAUAUUCGACAAAGACAACUCCGGCACGAUAUCGCUUCAAGAAUUUCUGGACGCCAUGCACCAAUUCGCUGGAAAAUCCCCGAACGAUAAAAUUAGGUUUCUUUUCAAAGUCUAUGAUAUCGAUGGUGAUGGAUUAAUACAACUUCGCGAGUUAGAACAUGUUAUGAGAGCUUGCAUGGAGGAAAAUGGAAUGAAGUUCAGCGACGAGCAAAUCGAAGAUCUGACAAUUGCGCUCUUCGAGGAUGCUGAUCAAGGAAAUAGAGGAGCGAUCACUUUUGAAGCUCUAAAAAAGCAAUUGGAGAAGCACGAGGGUUUGCUGGAAAAUCUCUCGAUCAGCAUAGAUCGAUGGUUGGUGCCACCGCAGCCGAAAUCAAAGCCAAAAUCCAUUUUGCGGACGAUUUCCUCCCUUCGUCCAUAUCAACUAACAAAGCCGUACAUGAAGAAUAAUUACGUCUUUAUCGCCUUUAUUUCGUUGUUCAUGUUUAUCAACGUGGCCCUCUUCGUCUCUCGUCUCUACGAGUAUCGGAAUGACAACGGCUAUAUAAUGUUCGCGCGUGCGUGCGGACAAUGUUUGAACUUUGACUGCACGUUCAUCCUGGUCUUGAUGCUGCGCCAGUGCAUUACGUUUUUGCGAACGCACAGCUUUAAUUCCGUAGUGCCCCUAGAUCAUCACAUAUAUCUUCAUAAAAUGACGGGAAUAUUGAUCGGAAUCUUCAGCAUUGUACACACUCUGAUGCAUCUUAUUUACUGCGGUACGGUAAUAAUAAAAGACGAGGAAAUGAAUAGCGGCAACUACACCAUGUCUGAAUGGUUGUUAACGAGUCGACCCGGAAAAUACGGUCUGGUGGCAGGCAGUGCAUAUCCGACUGGGGUAGUUCUACUUAUUAUUCUCGUCAUUAUGAGCGUUUGUUCGUUGCCGUUUGUACGACGUGGAGGUUGUUUCGAGAUAUUCUAUUGGUCCCAUCUGCUGUACAUACCGUUCUGGAUUCUGAUGAUCUUCCAUGGCCCUAACUUCUGGAAGUGGUUCGUCGUCCCGGGCGUCAUAUACUUAGUGGAAAAGAUUCGUCGAUUGCUGUGGUUACGGGCUCAGGGUGGAAAAACGUACAUAAGUUCCGGCCUCCUUUUGCCGUCGAAAGUGACUCACUUGGUCAUCAAGAGACCACCACACUUCCACUUUCAUCCCGGCGAUUAUAUAUUCGUUAAAAUCCCAGUAAUAGCGAGAUACGAAUGGCAUCCUUUCACUAUUAGCAGUGCUCCCGAACAAGAAGAUUAUAUGUGGCUGCACAUUCGUGCGGUCGGUGAAUGGACCAAUAGUUUGUACUCGUACUUUGAGAAAGAACAAAUAAAACUUCACUGUGCCGAUAUUUCGCCUACCGAGAACUGCGAUGCUGCCUGUGCUCCCCGAAAGAAAUCUUUUCUCAGUGGCAAAAAGACACCUCUUAUCGUGACGCAGAAAACCUCAAUGGAAUCCGUGCCUCACAGCCUGGACAACCCUUCGUUCGUAUCUGAUUUAUCGAAUAGCGUGCCACCUUCACAUGCGUCUAAUAAUCAGUCUGCAUAUUUAAAAACUACAGAACAUACGCCAGAGUUAAAUAAGGAAUGGGCAGAUGUGGCUGCGAGAAGAGACGGGAGACUCCAUCAAUUCUUUCUUGGUAGCAAAAUGCCACUUGAAAAAUCACGCUCGAUGCCCGAUAUGCAUAUCAAAAGCAAGAAGAAAGAACGACUCAAGGCACUUCGAGAUUACAUGAGAUCUGAAUCGGAGAGGAGUUUCGACGAGUGUCAGAUGAAAUGCGCGCGAUUCAAAUCGUUGGGCUUAGCUUACUUGAGUCCGCAGAACAAAUCAUUAGCUCAAAGCUUCCGGUACAUGCGGAUGAAGCCAACCAUCAUCGCUUUCAAAACACCCAGUUUCGAAACGGGCGAUUACGAGAUUAGCGCGUCGUCCAACGUUGUGUCAAACGCAAAUGCGGAGGGAAAUGAAGUGACGCCGAUUACACCGAUAGCAAUGCAAAUUGCGGCGGAGGAAGGAAGAUUGAGGCAAGGGUUUAGCGAAGCGGGUGUAGAUAGCUCAGAUAAUUUAGAUUUGAAAUCCAAUAGUUCUUCUCAACCGCCUAUAAAUUAUCCUGUAGGAAAACCAUUGGAGAUCUUUUUAGACGGUCCUUACGGAGCACCGUCGAGUCACAUUUUCCGAGCGCAGCACGCUGUUCUGAUCGCCACUGGUAUCGGAGUUACACCCUUCGCCUCUAUACUGCAAUCGAUUAUGCAUCGAUAUUGGAAAGCGAGACACACCUGUCCAAAAUGCUCGUUCUCCUGGUCCAGCGAAAUUCCGCCUACCGUAAUGAAUUUGCGAAAGGUGGACUUCUUUUGGAUUAACCGCAAUCAACGUUCGUUUGAGUGGUUCGUAAACUUACUGUCUCAACUUGAAAUAGAACAGGCUGAGCUAGGUACCACCAUGGAACACUUUCUGGAGAUGCAUAUGUACAUCACAAGUGCAUUGCAAAAAAGCGAUAUGAAGGCAGUUGGCUUGCAAUUAGCGCUGGAUCUCCUGCAUGAAAAGGAAAAACGAGAUCUCAUCACGGGUUUGAAAACCAGAACGAAUGCGGGCCGUCCCAAUUGGGACAAGGUGUUCAAGCAGCUCCAGGAUAAGAAGAAAGGAAAAAUUACGGUCUUUUAUUGCGGACCGCCACAACUCGCCAGGAUCCUUCGAUACAAAUGCGAUCAAUUUGGAUUCUGCUUUAGGAAGGAAGCCUUCUGA